CCCUCCAUUCCCUCCUCUCCCACUAUCCGUUCACUUCUCCUCUCUCUUUCUUCUUUUUUGGGUCUCCGCUUGGCAGCACAAGCUCAUUCUCUUCUUCAUCAUUGUCAAGUUUCAACCAAAUUGAACGGAAGAGAGGGAGAAACGGAAAGGAGCUGGAGGAGCUGGAAGAGAGCGGUGGUGUCGAAGCCAGAGCUACAUUUAGUUAGCUAAGCUACCGACAGCACUGAUUAGGAGAGGACAAAAAAUAGGAUGACGAAUCCGGCGAGACCGGCGGAGGGAAUGGACCCCCCCCAAACACCGGUCGGGGGCGCAGGGCCCUCGUCACUGACUCGGCGACCGUCACGAAGUGCCGCCACCACUACCUUCUCUAUGGAGGUGUUUGACAACGAGGUUGUUCCCUCUUCUCUCCAGUCCAUUGCACCAAUCCUUCGCGUCGCCAGAGAGAUCCAAAAUGAACGCCCUCGCGUUGCUUAUCUUUGUCGGUUCUAUGCGUUUGAGAAGGCGCAUAGAUUGGACCCCACCUCAGGUGGACGUGGUGUUCGGCAAUUCAAAACCAAUCUCUUCCAACGUUUAGAGCGUGACAAUGCGUCGAGUCUUGCUUCUCGUGUGAAAAAGACUGAUGCACGGGAAAUUGAGAGCUUUUACAAGCAAUACUAUGAGCAGUAUGUCGUGUCUCUUAACAAGGGAGAACAAGCAGACAGAGCUCAGCUCGGUAAAGCAUAUCAGACUGCUGGGGUGCUUUUUGAAGUUCUUUGUGCCGUUAAUAAGUCUGAAAAAGUUGAAGAAGUUGCUCCUGAGAUCAUUGCUGCAGCAAAUGAUGUUCAGGCCAAAAAGGAAAUAUAUGCCCCCUAUAAUAUUCUUCCCCUGGAUUCGGCUGGAGCAUCUCAGUCCAUUAUGCAACUUGAGGAGGUUAAAGCAGCCGUUUCUGCUCUCUCAAAUACACGUGGGUUGAAUUGGCCAGCUUCAUUUGAACAGCAGAGGCAGAAAACAGGGGAACUGGAUGUGCUGGAUUGGUUAAGGGCAAUGUUUGGGUUUCAGAGGGACAACGUAAGAAACCAGCGGGAGAAUCUGAGUUUGCUCCUUGCGAAUAUUCAUAUAAGGCUAAUCCCCAAGGCUGAGCCACUUAACAAGCUUGACGAUCGAGCUGUGGAUGCUCUAAUGAACAAGUUGUUCAAAAACUACAAAACAUGGUGUAAGUACUUGGGAAAAAAACACAGUUUGCGGCUCCCUCAAGCCCAACAAGAAGCACAACAAAGAAAGAUACUUUACAUGGGCCUUUACCUUCUAAUAUGGGGUGAAGCAGCUAAUCUCCGCUUCAUGCCAGAGUGUCUAUGUUACAUCUUCCAUAAUAUGGCAUAUGAACUCCAUGGCCUCUUAGCAGGAAAUGUGAGCAUUGUCACUGGAGAAAAUAUCAAGCCUUCUUAUGGUGGGGAUGACGAAUCAUUCCUGCGAAAGGUCAUUACUCCCAUUUACCGUGUGAUUGAUAAGGAAGCCAAAAAAAGCAAAAAUGGAAAAGCACCGUACUCAAAUUGGUGCAAUUAUGAUGAUCUGAAUGAAUAUUUCUGGUCGCAAGAUUGCUUUUCUUUAGGUUGGCCAAUGCGCGAUGAUGGUGACUUCUUUAAAUCAACACGUGACACCACACAAGGAAAAGGAGUUGCUAAUAAAAAGCCUGGAAAAAUGGGAAAAUCAUACUUUGUUGAGACACGGUCAUUUUGGCAUAUCUUCCGAAGCUAUGACCGUCUUUGGACCUUUUUUCUCCUGUCUUUGCAGGCCAUGGUCAUAUUUGCAUGGAGUGGGAUUCCUGUGUUGGAUAUAUUUAAGAAGGAUUCUUUAUACAACCUGUCCAGUAUUUUCAUAACGGCAGCUAUGCUUCGCUUCCUCCAAAGUAUCCUGGACCUUUUUCUUAACUUUCCGGGUUAUCAUAGAUGGAAGUUCACAGAUGUACUGAGGAAUGUUCUGAAGGUAGUUGUCAGUCUUGCAUGGUGUGUCAUCCUCCCAUUAUUUUAUCUCCAAGAAAGCAACUCAGAGAUACUUACGAAGAUCCGAAGUUCCCUGACAUUUCUAGACAAGAUGAAGGGCAUUCCUCCUAUGUACCUAAUGGCCGUGGCUGUGUAUCUACUACCCAAUUUACUUACUACAGCUUUGUUUAUCUUCCCAAUGCUCCGUCGAUGGAUUGAGAACUCGGAUUGGCUUGUUGUAAGGUUCCUUCUGUGGUGGUCACAGCCAAGAAUAUAUGUUGGGAGGGGAAUGCAUGAAAGUCAAUUUGCACUUAUAAAGUAUACUCUCUUCUGGGUGCUACUUCUUUGUGCAAAAUUUGCAUUCAGCUACUUUAUUCAGAUAAAACCUCUUAUAAAACCCACGAAAAUGAUAAUGGACAUCAAUCACGUUCAGUAUGCUUGGCAUGAGUUUUUCCCCGAUGCUAGGAGCAACUAUGGGGCUGUGCUUGCCCUGUGGGCACCAGUUGUCAUGGUUUACUUUAUGGAUGCUCAAAUAUGGUAUGCUAUUUUCUCAACUUUGUGUGGUGGUGUUAUAGGUGCCUUUGAUCGUCUGGGUGAGAUAAGAACUUUAGGAAUGUUAAGGUCAAGAUUUCAGUCUCUGCCUGGUGCAUUCAACACUUACUUGGUGCCUAAUGAUAAAGCUGACAAAAAAAGAUUUUCACUCUCCAAGAGUUCUAAUGAGGUUUCGCCCAGCAAGAGAAGUGAAGCUGCAAAGUUCGCUCAGUUAUGGAAUGAAUUUAUAUGCAGUUUUCGCGAAGAGGAUCUUAUAAGUGACAGGGAGAUGGACCUAUUACUUGUUCCUUAUUCCUCGGAUCCAAGUCUGAAAGUUAUUCAAUGGCCACCCUUUUUACUUGCUAGCAAGAUUCCAAUUGCAUUGGACAUGGCUUUACAAUUUCGUUCCAAAGAUGCUGACCUUUGGAAGCGCAUAUGUGCUGAUGAAUACAUGAAGUGUGCCGUUAUUGAAUGCUAUGAGUCUUUUAAACUUGUUCUUAAUGCCCUGGUUGUUGGAGAAACUGAGAAAAGGAUCAUAGGAAUCAUCAUAAAAGAAGUUGAAAACAGCAUUUCAAAGAACACGUUCCUUUCGAGUUUCAGAACAGGACCUUUGCAAAACCUUUGCAAGAAAUUUGUAGACCUACUUGAGAUACUGAGAGAUGGCGAUCCAUCUAAAAGGAACAACGUUGUCAUAGCACUGCAGGAUAUGUUAGAAAUAGUGACCCGUGACAUGAUGGUCAAUGAAAUCGGGGAACUUGUAGAACUUGGUCAUAGUGGAAGGGAUUCUGGGAAACAGCUCUUUGCUAAUACUGACUCAAGAACAGCUAUUGCAUUCCCUCCUCCAGUAACAGCACAGUGGGAAGAACAGCUUCGGCGUCUUUAUCUUCUCUUGACUGUGAAAGAAUCAGCAGUUGAAGUUCCAACUAACCUCGAAGCACGGAGAAGGGUUUCCUUUUUCACAAAUUCAUUGUUCAUGGAAAUGCCACGUGCACCUCGAGUGCGCAAAAUGCUUUCAUUCAGUGUCAUGACCCCAUACUACAGUGAGGAAACUGUCUACUCAAAAGGUGAUCUUGAGAUGGAAAAUGAAGACGGCAUAUCAAUCAUUUACUAUCUCCAAAAGAUUUAUCCAGAUGAAUGGAUGAACUUCAUGGAACGUCUUGGAUGUAAAAAGGAGCCAGAGGUCUGGGAAAAUGAAGAAAACAUCUUGCAGCUACGUCAUUGGGCCUCAUUAAGGGGACAGACUCUCUGCAGAACAGUAAGAGGAAUGAUGUACUACAGAAGGGCUUUGAAGCUUCAAGCAUUUCUUGACAUGGCUUCAGAAGGAGCGAUUCUCGAAGGAUACAAAGCUGUUACAGUACCAUCCGAGGAGGAUAAGAAAAGCCAAAGAUCGUUGUAUGCUCAAUUAGAAGCUGUGGCUGAUAUGAAAUUCACCUAUGUCGCCACCUGCCAGAAUUAUGGAAUUCAAAAGCGAAAUGGAGAUCGGCAUGCAACUGAUAUUCUGAAUUUGAUGGUCAACAACCCCUCUCUCCGUGUAGCAUAUAUUGAUGAAGUUGAAGAACGGGAAGGUGGAAAAACUCAGAAGGUUUAUUAUUCAGUGUUGGUGAAAGCAGUUGAUAAUCUUGAUCAGGAAAUAUACCGAAUAAAGUUGCCUGGUGCAGCAAAGAUAGGAGAAGGAAAGCCUGAAAAUCAGAAUCAUGCCAUUAUCUUCUCUCGUGGGGAAGCUCUUCAAACCAUUGACAUGAAUCAGGACAAUUACUUGGAAGAAGCUUUAAAAAUGCGUAACCUUCUUGAGGAAUUUAAUGAAGAUCACGGAGUGCGUCCACCUACAAUAUUGGGUGUUCGUGAGCAUAUCUUCACUGGAAGUGUGUCUUCAUUAGCUUGGUUUAUGUCUAAUCAAGAGACAAGUUUUGUCACCAUUGGUCAGAGAGUUCUUGCAAGGCCUUUAAGGGUCCGCUUCCAUUAUGGACAUCCAGAUGUAUUUGACAGAAUUUUCCACAUCACUCGUGGUGGAAUUAGCAAAGCUUCAAGGGGUAUCAAUCUCAGUGAGGACAUAUUUGCAGGUUUCAAUUCAACAUUGCGACGUGGAAAUAUUACUCACCAUGAAUACAUUCAAGUUGGAAAAGGGCGAGAUGUUGGUCUUAACCAAAUCUCUCUCUUUGAGGCAAAAGUGGCAUGUGGUAAUGGAGAGCAGACUCUUAGCCGAGAUCUAUACAGAUUAGGACAUCGAUUUGAUUUCUUCCGUAUGCUGUCCUGUUAUUUCACAACUACUGGAUUUUAUAUCAGCUCAAUGCUGGUAGUCCUCACAGUUUAUGCAUUUUUAUAUGGUAAACUCUACCUUGCAUUGAGUGGACUGGAACAGUCCAUCGUCAAAGUUGCAAGAUCCAAGGGUGACAAUGCUCUUAAAGCUGCAAUGGCCUCACAGUCUGUCGUUCAACUUGGUUUAUUGAUGGCCCUUCCCAUGGUUAUGGAGAUUGGGCUCGAAAGAGGCUUCAGGACUGCUUUAGGUGACAUUAUCAUAAUGAACCUGCAGUUGGCUGCUGUUUUCUUUACCUUCUCUCUUGGAACAAAACUCCACUACUUUGGCCGCACAAUUUUACAUGGUGGCGCGAAAUACAGAGCAACUGGGCGUGGUUUUGUCGUGAGACAUGAGAAGUUUGCUGAGAACUACAGGAUGUACUCGAGGAGCCAUUUCACCAAAGCACUGGAAAUUAUGAUUUGCCUCAUAGCUUAUCAAAUUUUCGGUGUGGCAGUUACUGAUAAUGUAGCUUUCUUGCUUCUCAGUGGCUCAAUGUGGUUCCUUGUGGUUUCAUGGUUGUUUGCUCCCUUCCUCUUUAAUCCUUCAGGCUUUGAGUGGCAAAAGAUAGUUGAUGAUUGGGAAGAUUGGGGCAAGUGGAUAAGCAACCAUGGAGGCAUUGGUGUUCCGGCAACCAAGAGUUGGGAGUCUUGGUGGGAUGAAGAGCAAGAACAUCUGCAGUGCUCUGGUCUAAUUGGCCGUUUCUGUGAAGUUCUUCUUUCUAUGCGCUUCUUACUUUUCCAGUAUGGAAUUGUUUAUCAGCUAAAUGUGUCCAAUGGUGAUAAAAGUAUCAUGGUUUAUGGUUUGUCCUGGUUGGUCAUUGUGUUUGUCAUGGUCGUCUUGAAGAUUGUAUCCUUGGGCAGGAAGAAGUUCAGUGCUGAUUUCCAGCUGAUGUUCAGGCUGCUGAAAUUGUUCCUUUUCAUUGGCUUCAUAGUCACAUUUGUCAUGCUGUUCAAAUUCCUAAGCCUUACCGUUGGAGAUAUUUUUGCCAGCUUAUUGGCCUUCUUGCCAACUGGAUGGGCUCUUCUUUCGAUUGCACAGGCAUGUAGGCCAGUAGUGAAGGGCAUAGGAAUGUGGGGAUCUGUGAAGGCUCUAGCUAGAGGAUAUGAUUAUUUAAUGGGGCUUGUGAUCUUCACACCGGUUGCUGUUCUUGCUUGGUUCCCUUUUGUCUCCGAGUUCCAGACAAGGCUGCUCUUCAACCAGGCCUUCAGCAGAGGGCUUCAAAUUCAACGUAUUCUUGCUGGUGGGAAGAAGCACAAGUGAGCUUAGUUGUUAUCAUCACACAACAAACAAUCUGUUGUAUCUUUUUUGGCAAAGCAGAAGAUAAUGACUCCCACACCAUUGUUCAAGAUUCCUUAUCAAGCCUUCUGUUCUUUGGUCAGUAGAAUAUAAAAUUUCUUUGUCUAUUUAUAGUUUCAGAAUACUAUAGCACAAGAUGUAUACUCCUUUGUUAUAAUUGCUCAUGUAACCAGCUUGGACGCCA